AUGGGGAAAAAACAAUCGUCCUCAAUAUCAUCCAGGUUUGAAACUCGCAGGAAUGCGAAAAGGCCAAAGAUUGCUGGCCCGCAUUCCAAAAAAUUGCAUAUUAAGAACACUAGAAGUCUGCGUAACAAGGAGUUGAAGCAUAUCGAGCUGCAAAGCAGGCAGAUUAAAGUCAAGGAGAGCUCAAAGGAAUCCACUAUUAACUCGUUUGAUGCUCUGUCUAAGGUGGAAAGUUCUAGAGAUGCAAGCAAUGACGUAGUUAAUACGAUAUCUGAAGAGUCUUCCGGAGAUGAGAUUAUACUGAUAGAUUCCGAUGAGGAAAAAAGUUCUCCUGAGGUCUUAGAAGUUAAUAGUGAAAAGGAACACGAUGUAAUGGAAGAGAACCAAGAAUUCAUUGCCUUUGACUUUACAGAUGAUCAUGAAGAUGAAGUUGAAAGUGAUAUUGAGUCCUCUUCUGGUGAAAAAGCUGCAGUUAAGGUGCCCAUUUCUAGCGUUAGUGAUGAUACAAAGAAGCUUCCUAAGCAGGUGAAUCCGAAUUAUCCAUGGCUGAGAAAUAAUAACCAUACAAAACAACUGGAAGUUUCUGAUUGGCUCACAAUGGAAAUCAAGGACUUCAUUAAAUACAUCUCACCAUCCAAGGAAGAGAUCGAGGCGAGAAAUGGUGUUGUUCACAGAUUAAGUGAGGCAAUUUCAGAACUGUGGCCAGAUGCAGAAUUGCACUGCUUUGGUUCUUAUGCUACAGACAUGUAUCUUCCAGGGUCUGAUAUAGAUACCGUGAUCAUAUCCAAGGGCCGCAAGUAUGAUAACAAGAGUGCUCUUUAUCAACUAUCAUCUUUUCUUCGUACUCAUAAACUCGGGAAGUGCAUAGAGACGAUCGCCAAGGCAAAGGUUCCCAUAAUCAAGUUCAUUGAUCCUCGGACAGGCUUCCAUAUCGAUAUUUCCUUCGAGAGAGAUAACGGCGUCAGUGCUGCUAAGAUUAUCAUUUCCUGGAUUGACAGCACUCCCGGUUUAAGAGAGCUUGUUAUGAUUGUUAAACAAUUUCUAGCGGUGAGGCGAUUAAACGAGGUUCAUACCGGUGGAUUAGGAGGCUUCGCAAUUAUUUGCCUGGCAUACUCCUUUCUAAGUCUACAUCCAAGAAUAAUCACCAAGUCUAUCGACCCAUUGCAGAAUUUGGGAGUCCUACUAAUAGAAUUCUUUGAGUUGUAUGGUUUCAAUUUUGGCUAUGACGAAAUAGCCAUCGCCUUCAAGCACAAAACUCAGGCAUCUUACAUUUCCAAAAGAUCCAACCCAAAUUUGUUAAGUAACAAUCCUUUUUCGUUGGCCAUUCAAGAUCCACAGGAUCCUGAUAACAAUAUAUCCCGUGGUACAUUCAACUUGAGAGAUAUUAAACGUUCAUUUGGUGGUGCAUAUGAAAUGCUAGUUAAUAAGUGUUAUGAGAUGAAUCAAGCAACUUACAAACAGCGACUCGGGCAGUCGAUACUAGGUGACAUAAUUAAAUAUCAGGGCAAGGCCAGGGACUUCGAGGACGCAAGAAGUGCUACAGAUAACCAUGCCUAUCAGAUUGCCAGCGGACAAGUCAGUAGGGUAGACCUUUUAUCGAGUUCAAGUAACUCCAGAGCAUCCAGCGUAUCUUCUUUGGUUACCGCAAGUGCCGAACGUGAACCAUCCAUAGAAUAUACAUCUGAUUCAAGCGAGUCAGAUUCGGUGUCAGAGUCGAAGUCGAGUGAGGAUGGUAUGAAAUUGAGAGCAUUAUUUGAGAAAUCACAGAGCUCUUCCAGGCAUACAGACAAAGAUGUGGACUCCAUAAUGGGCUUUAAAAAAGAAGAAGCUGAUAAGGAGGAUGAUAUUUACGAUCCAUCCAGAGGUACAAAGGAAGAUCACAAGGACUUUGAAGAUUCUAGUGACGAUAUGGAGUACGAUCCGUCUGAAGCUCCAAAGAACACGGUGGCGAAGGAUAAAAGGAGGGAAUAUUGGCUUCAGAAAGGAGGUCUCUGA